AAGCCACUCCCCUCCCGGUCACCUGUGUCACGCGGCGAAAUAACUUCUUUUUUUGCUGCAGUAUCGAUUUAUCAUGUGAUGUGCGGCUCGUGCCCUGCAGUAGUUUGUUUGCAAUUGUUGAUCGAUUUCAGGGAGAAAUGGCAGCGCGAGGGUUAAUCGUUGGGUCGCUUCUUCUUGUAUCGACGCUGAUGAUCGAUAAUUGUUCGAGUCAGUAUCAGCCCACCUGGGAGUCGAUCGACUCCCGGCCGCUGCCGGACUGGUUCGACCAGGCUAAGUUCGGCAUCUUCAUCCACUGGGGCGUCUUCUCCGUCCCGAGCUUUGGCAGCGAGUGGUUUUGGUGGUACUGGCAGAAGCAGAAACGGCAGCCGUAUGUGGACUUCAUGCAGAGGAAUUAUCCUCCGGACUUCAAGUAUCAAGACUUUGCUUCACAGCUCACAGCCGAGUUCUUUGACGCCAAGGAGUGGACCGACAUCUUUGCCGCAUCGGGAGCAAAAUAUAUCGUCUUAACUACAAAACACCAUGAAGGUUUCACACUGUGGGGCUCUAAAAACUCCUGGAACUGGAACGCAGUCGAUGUUGGACCCAAGAGAGACCUGGUGGGUGAAAUAGCAAGCGCGCUCCGAGCUCACAGUGACCUGCGUUUAGGCCUGUACCACUCGCUCUUUGAGUGGUUUAACCCGCUCUUUGAGCAGGAUGCUGCCAAUCUCUUCACUACCAACUACUUUCCUACCAGUAAAACUCUGCCUGAGCUUUAUGAUAUCGUCAUGAAGUACAAACCAGAGGUGCUGUGGUCUGACGGGGAUGGAGACGCACCUGACAAGUACUGGAACAGCACUGGGUUCCUCGCCUGGCUCUAUAAUGACAGCCCAGUAAGAGAGACGGUGGUGACAAAUGACCGAUGGGGUUACGGCUGCAUCUGCACCCACGGCGGAUAUUACACCUGUGCUGAUCGUUACCAGCCCGGACAUCUGCUCAAACACAAAUGGGAAAACUGCAUGACCAUCGAUACCAAGUCCUGGGGUUACAGGCGCAAUGCCCCUCUGAAGGAUUACCUCACCAUCGAGCAGCUUGUGGCGAGCUUGGUGGAGACCGUCUCCUGCGGGGGAAAUCUGCUGAUGAACAUCGGCCCCACACAUGACGGGAGGAUCGCUCCGAUCUUCGAGGAGCGUCUGAGGCAGAUGGGCCAGUGGCUGAAGGUGAACGGAGAGGCCAUCUACAACACCACGGCGUGGAAGGUGCAGAACGACUCUGCCACCUCCGACAUCUGGUACACUUACGGACCACAGAAAAAUACUAUCUAUGCCAUUUUGCUUCAGUGGCCAAAUAACGGCUCUGUGAUUCUGCAUCAUCCUGUUGUCACUGUGGGGAAGACCGAGGUGGUGCUUCUCGGUCACGGGUCCGUGAAGUGGGCGCCUGUAAAGCCCAGCGGACUGCAGGUUCUCCUGCCUCAGCUGUCCUUCAGUCAGAUGCCGUGCCAGUGGGCCUGGACGCUGAAGCUGACAGGUGCCACUUAAAGGGAAACCAGAUCACUUGUGGAGGAGUCCAUGACGCGGCAGGCAGUGUGGAUGACCCCGGAGGUUACACGUUUUAAUCACUGAGCAUAAACCACCAAAUAAAUCGAAUGCACUAGAAAUAGUUUGCAGCCACACUGAAAAUCAGAGGAUAUGGUUGCAAUUUCAAAACCCAAAUGAAUGUUCAUGUGCUGUGUAACUCCAGUGUGUCUCAUUUGUUCAAGAAGUCUUUUUUUUGUUUGUUUGUUUGUUUGUUUUUUUGUUUUUAAAUAGCAUUCAGGGAAUGAUGAAGACAUAUCAAUCUAUUCAUGUCAUGUAAUGUCAACUUUUUUUGUGUGGAAAAGGGAGAAAUUUGUCUUUGACUUACAUUUAGGAAUAUAUUUUGAAUAUUAAAAUACAUGAUGAAUGUUUUGCCUUGGGCAAGCAUUAUGAUCAUAGAGUUUUGUGCUGUAGCCUACUGUAAUGGGACCUGGGAUGUAAAAACAACAUUCAGAAAGAUAAUGAAGCACUAAAACAUUUUUUUCUCCACUUCAUAUUAUUUCUCACGCCUUAUAAGUGUGCUGUUUCUCUCUCUCUCUCUCUUUUUUUUUUUUCAAACAAUGGCAUACUUGAUUUUAAAACCUGGAUUUUAUUCAUUAUUUUAUAUGUUCUGAAGCUCUGUGUAAUGCGGAGAUUGUUUUAUAUGUGAUGGAACAUUUGAAUAAAAACACUUGAAGCGCUGUCUUUUUAAA